AUGAAAUUUGUGAAUAUUAUUAGAAACCUUCGAUAUAAUGUAGUUUGGAGAUGUACAUUUUUGAGAAUUCAUCCUCUAAGUUAAAUUCCUGGAAUGUAAGGGUUAUAAGAAUUCAGUGAUUCCGAAGAUUGGUCAGAAGAAGAGAAUCCAUCAGACUUAGAAGUUAUGGAGGAAUUUGAUUCUAGUGGCGAUGAGAAAGAUUAAAAUUUUGGGGAUAUAAAAUGA